AUGUAUGGAGCUCUAAUAUUCAGUAAGGCACAUCUGCAAUCCAUGCAUGUGCAGGUCGAGGACCUCAGCAAUAUCUACGAUGUCAGUAAUAUCCAUGACCUUAAGGAGGCUCCAGCACUUCAGAACAUUCCUAAUAUCCGGGCGCUGACGAUGUUGCCGAUUAUGUAUGUUGCCAACAUUUGA